UUCAUAUUAUCACCUGAAAAUGUUCAAAAUUGGAGGUAUUCAGCCUGUGGACGAGAAUGACGCACAAAGGAAAGAAAAUUUGGAAGCACGGAAUGCUGCAAAAGGACAAAGACGCGCUGCUUUAAUUGAAAGGAAACCAAACGUUCGACAAUUGACACAUAAAACUUCUUCAAAACCAGAUGACUUGGAAAAAUUUGCCACUUCGCAUGUACGUUUUGGUGGAAGUGAUGUUAUGAUACCAGUUGAGGUUGCUGAGGAUAUUGACAAUUAUAUGCGACACCUUGAGGUUAUUUACGCUGUGCCUGAAGACUUUUUGAGGAAUAUCAAGUCGCCGAUUCAUGGCAGAAUGCGUCAAAUUCUUGCUGAUUGGCUGUACCAUGUCCAAAGUCGCUUCACCCUGCUCAAUGAGACUCUUAGCUUGUCUAUCAACUUGAUGGAUCGAUCUCUACUGGCAAUGAAUGGUUCCAUAACUAAAACGAAUUUGCAAUUGCUAGGAGUGACUUGUCUGUUUAUCUCUUCAAAAUUCGAGGAAAUAACAGUUCCAAAUGUUGAGGACUUUGUGAUUGUUGCUGGUUCUGUUUUCAAUAAGGAGGAUAUUUUUCAUAUGGAGAUGAAGAUUUUGAGCGCAUUGGACUUUAAUCUUGGAGCGCCACAUUCUUUGCAAUUUCUUCGUCGUUAUCGCUUUUAUGUUGAGCCAGAUAGUCGGACUUAUCAAUUUGCAAAAUAUAUUUGUGAAGUAGCUUCUGUUUGUUAUAGCCUGGCUCAUUAUUUGCCUUCAACUGUGGCCGCAACUGCCAUCUGGUUAGCUUCUUAUACUUUUGGUCGCACUCUUGUGUCCAAUUUUCUUUUUGACCAAGUUUUCAAGUUAGAUCAGGCGACUUUGUUUUCAACGGCACGUUUAUUUGUUGACCAUGUAAUUAAUUUUGCCAAUCCCGACGAAGACAAAAUUUAUGCAUUGCGAGAGAAAUACCAGGAAUUGGUGCUUGAUGAAUUUACGACCGAGCAUAUCAGCAAACUUAAUGAUUUCUUUGACUAUGGUUACGAAUAUUCAGGGUUGUCCAACUCUUCGACUUAUUCUGCGCGUGCGAUUUUAGAGAAAUAA